AUGGGAAGUGGAGACCAGAAAACUCUGAGAAACUUUCACCAAAACCUGUCUCAGCAUCAUCUUCAGCAGCAUCACCAAGGGAGGAAGCAAGAGAUGAGAGACGUGCCAAAAGGGUGUUUGGCAAUCAAGGUUGGUCAGGGUGAGGAGCAACAGAGAUUUGUGGUGCCUGUUAUAUAUUUCAAUCACCCACUGUUCAUGCAACUCCUGAAGGAGGCUGAGGAAGAGUACGGUUUUGAUCAGAAGGGGACAAUCACUAUCCCUUGCCAUGUGGAGGAGUUUAGGUACGUUCAGGGAAUGAUUGACAGGGAAAAGUCCCUUCAUCAGCAUCAUCAUGUAAUUGGGUGUUUUGGGGUUUGAUCAAAACCUUGCUUUUUGGCACCUCAAAUGCAUGAAUUUCGAUGCUGCAAUCUUUUGGGUUCUGCAGAUUUGGAGUGUUUGUAGGUUUUGUAUUUCCCUUUUUUCUUGG